GUACAUGAAUAGCUUUAGCGAGCGAGGCCAACGCCGCGCGCCGUUAGGUUAAGCUAUCAACAGAGGCAACGAGCGCUUCACUCCCCCGGCGGCGGCGCUUGAGGAGGAAGAAGAAGCCAUGGGGCGCCUCACCGCGGAGAAGGCGGUGCUCGAGGCGGGCUCGGAGGGACGCGGCGCCACGGUCCUCAACCUCUCCCACCGUGCCCUCUCCGACGUGUCGUGCCUGAGUAGCUUCAACAACCUGGAGCGCCUCGACCUCGGCUACAACUGCCUCCUCACCCUCGAGGGUUUGUCCUCCUGUGUCAAUUUGAAGUGGCUUUCGGUUAUCGAAAACAAGCUUGUGAGCUUAAAAGGUGUCGAGGGGCUCUCAAAGCUGCAGGUAUUGAAUGCUGGCAAGAACAAACUUACAAAAGUGGAUGAGGUCACAUCUUUAACAAGCCUGGGAGCAUUGAUUCUGAAUGAUAACAAUAUUUCUUCCAUCUGCAAGCUUGAUCGACUGCAAAAGUUGAAUACACUUGUUCUUUCUAAGAAUCCUGUUGUUACUAUUGGCAAUGCUUUGGUCAAGGCUAAAUCUAUGAAAAAGCUAUCCUUGUCUCACUGCCAAAUAGAAAAUAUUGGAUCUUCUCUUGCUGCGUGCGUGGAAUUGAAGGAGCUUAGGCUUGCUCACAACAAGAUCAGUACAAUCCCUUCAGUCUUGGCCAAAAAUGUCAAGAUCUUGAACCUUGAUUUAGGAAAUAAUUUAAUUGAGAGGGAUUCAGAUUUGAAGGUCCUUUCUGAAUUGCACUACUUGAGGAACCUUAAUUUGCAGGGAAAUCCUAUUUCUGAGAAAGACAGUCUUGCGAAAAAGGUUAAGAAAUAUGUGCCAACGCUGCGCAUAUUGAAUGGAAAGCCCAUAGAGGCCAGCUCCAAUUGUGAUAAGAGCUCUAGAAAAGAGAAUCUUCCAAGCAAAGAUAAAAACAUGUAUGAUCAUGAUUCCCUUGAGAUUGAUACAAGAAAGAAGGAUAAAAAAAGGAAGCAGUCAAAACAACAAUUAGAGGGCCCUGAAGAGCCUGCAGUCGAAACUGUCCCCCCGGGUGUCAUCACUACUGCUCCAAGCAAAUCUGAAGUGCUAGAUGGUAAGGAAAGGAAAAAGGAAAAGGUAGCCAUGGAACAUGUCAAUAAUAGCAAAUUAAAGAGGAAGGAUGAUAAAUCUUCUGUCGAUGAUGCCAGUAGAAUGGACAAGAAGGAAGCCAAGAGGAAGAAAUUUGUUGACAAAGAAGAUAUAGAUGCUGAAGGAAUUGACAACACAGAAGUUUCAUUUGCAGAUUUAGUGUCUUCCAUAGAGGACAGUCAAGAGCCUAAGCGAAAGGACAAAAUCCAGGAAGCAGCUCCAGAUGGAAAAAUUGUUGGUGGCUUGGUAAUUGAUCACACGAAGAAGAGAAAGAAGUCAAAAGGUGCAGUCACCAUCACCGACUCCUCUACUCUUAAGCUGAUAUCCUCUGUGCCAGAAGUAGGGGCAGGCGGACUCGGUCUGUCAGGAUGGGAUGAGUAGUGUCUAGACUGAUGACUGAUGGAUAGUGUUUUACUGUAAAUCUCUUGUAGCGUCAUCUUGCAAGAAGACUUAUGUAGCCACUACCUUCUGGUUUCUUUCAACGGUGCUUUCGAUCGUCGCACUUCAAAAAUGUAA